ACCCGUACACCCAGACAGACACACAGGACAACCAGCCCUGACCCGUACAGCCAGUACCAACAGCAGGUCAACGCUAUAUCAAUCCUUUGUCUUGACAGGUUAUGGACUGACUGCAAUGAAAUGAUGUUUGUUCCUGUACAGCAUAUUAAGAUUCACCUUUCUGUUGUUUUUUUCUAGUGGUAUUUCUAGUAGCAAGAUAAAACAUGUUAAAGUGUCCAAAUGUUAGAGUAAUAGAGCUAUAUGUCAGAAUAUUAGAAGUAGUGAAGAGAUGUCAUCACGUAGUGUCACGCAGGAAACCUCUUUAUUCCGCUCCAGAGCUCCAGGAGACAGUGAGCAGUCUGCUGGAGGAGAAGAAGAGGCUUGCCUGUCAGCUUCAGGAGCAGCAGAGACAGGUUGAAGAGCUAACAGCCCUGGUGAGUACCAACUACCAGGCCUGGUAAUCAAUAACUCACAGGAGGACUGUCUGUUUUGGGUGGGAUUCUGAGGGCUGGCGAGAGGACUUGUGUUAUAUUAUGUGAGCAUGAAUGCAGAAUAUCUGUCUAGUUUUUUCAUAGUUUUGAUAUGUACACUGAUCAAAAAUAUAAACGACUUACUGUUCAUAUAAAGAAAUCAGUCAACUGAAAUACAGUGGGGGAAAAAAAGUAUUUAAGCCAGCCACCAAUUGUGCAAGUUCUCCCACUUAAAAAGAUGAGAGAGGCCUGUUAUUUUCAUCAUAGGUACACGUCAACUAUGACAGACAAAAUGAGAGAGAAAAAAUCCAGAAAAUCACAUUGUAGGAUUUUUAAUGAAUUUAUUUGCAAAUUAUGGUGGAAAAUAAGUAUUUGGUCACCUACAAACAAGCAAGAUUUCUGGCUCUCACAGACCUGUAACUUCUUCUUUAAGAGGCUCCUCUGUCCUCCACUCGUUACCUGUAUUAAUGGCACCUGUUUGAACUUGUUAUCAGUAUAAAAUACACCUGUCCACAACCUCAAACAGUCACACUCCAAACGCCACUAUGGCCAAGACCAAAGAGCUGUCAAAGGACACCAGAAACAAAAUUGUAGACCUGCACCAGGCUGGGAAGACUGAAUCUGCAAUAGGUAAGCAGCUUGGUUUGAAGAAAUCAACUGUGGGAGCAAUUAUUAGGAAAUGGAAGACAUACAAGACCACUGAUAAUCUCCCUCGAUCUGGGGCUCCACGCAAGAUCUCACCCCGUGGGGUCAAAAUGAUGACGGUGAGCAAAAAUCCCAGAACCACACGGGGGGACCUAGUGAAUGACCUGCAGAGAGCUGGGACCAAAGUAACAAAGCCUACCAUCAGUAACACAUUACGCAGCCAGGGACUCAAAUCCUGCAGUGCCAGACGUGUCCCCCUGCUUAAGCCAGUGCAUGUCCAGGCCCGUCUGAAGUUUGCUAGAGUGCCUUUGGAUGAUCCAGAAGAGGAUUGGGAGAAUGUCAUAUGGUCAGAUGAAACCAAAAUAUAACUUUUUGGUAAAAACUCAACUCGUCGUGUUUGGAGGACAAAGAAUGCUGAGUUGCAUCCAAAGAACAACCAUACCUACUGUGAAGCAUGGGGGUGGAAACAUCAUGCUUUGGGGCUGUUUUUUCUGCAAAGGGACCAGGACGACUGAUCCGUGUAAAGGAAAGAAUGAAUGGGGCCAUGUAUUGUGAGAUUUUGAGUGAAAACCUCCUUCCAUCAGCAAGGGCAUUGAAGAUGAAACGUGGCUGGGUCUUUCAGCAUGACAAUGAUCCCAAACACACCGCCCGGGCAACGAAGGAGUGGCUUUGUAAGAAGCAUUUCAAGGUCCUGGAGUGGCCUAGCCAGUCUCCAGAUCUCAAUCCCAUAGAAAAUCUUUGGAGGGAGUUGAAAGUCCGUGUUGCCCAGCGACAGCCCCAAAACAUCACUGCUCUAGAGGAGAUCUGCAUGGAGGAAUGGGCCAAAAUACCAGCAACAAUGUGUGAAAACCUUGUGAAGACUUACAGAAAACGUUUGACCUGUGUCAUUGCCAACAAAGGGUAUAUAACAAAGUAUUGAGAAACUUUUGUUAUUGACCAAAUACUUAUUUUCCACCAUAAUUUGCAAAUAAAUUCAUUAAAAAUCCUACAAUGUGAUUUUCUGGAUUUUUUUCCCUCAUUUUGUCUGUCAUGGUUGACGUGUACGAUGAAAAUUACAGGCCUCUCUCAUCUUUUUAAGUGGGAGAACUUGCACAAUUGGUGGCUGACUAAAUACUUUUUUCCCCCACUGUACCCUUUGUUGGCAAUGACACAGGUCAAACGUUUUCUGUAAGUCUUCACAAGGUUUUCACACACUGUUGCUGGUAUUUUGGCCUAUUCCUCCAUGCAGAUCCAUGUAUAUUCAUUAGGCCUUAAUCUAUGGAUUUCACAUGACUGGGAAUACAGAUAUGCAUCUGUUGGUCACAGAUACCUUUAAAAAAAGGUAGGGGAGUGCAUCAUAAAACCAGUCAGUAUCUGGUGUGACCACCAUUUUGCCUCAUGCAGCGCGACACAUCUCCUUCGCAUAGAGUUGACCGGGCUGUUGAUUGUGGCCUGUGGAAUGUUGUCCCACGUCGCUGUGCGACGUUGCUGGAUAUUGGCAGGAACUGGAACACGCUGUCGUACACGUCGAUCCAGAGCAUCCCAAACAUGCCCAAUGGGUGACAUGUCUGGUGAGUAUGCAGGCCAUUGAAGACCUGGGACAUUUUCAGCUUCCAGAAAUUGUGUACAGAUCCUUGCGACAUGGGGCUGUGCAUUAUCAUGCUGAAACAUGAGGUGAUGGUGGCGGAUGAAUGGCACGACAAUGGGCCUCAGGAUCUCAUCACGGUAUCUCUGUGCAUUCAAAUUGCCAUCGAUAAAAUGCAAUUCUGUUCGUUGUCCAUAGCUUAUUCUGACAGUUUGUGCAGAAAUCCUUCGGUUGUGCAAACUCACAGUUUCAUCAGCUGUCGGGGUGGCUCGUCUCAGACCAUUCCGCAGGUGACGAAGCCGGAUGUGGAGGUCCUGGGCUGGCAUGAUUACACAAGGUCUGUGGUUAUGAGGCCGGUUGGAUGUACUGCCAAAUUCUCUAAAACGACGUUGGAGGCAGCUUAUGGCAGAGAAAUUAACAUUGAAAUAUCUGGCAACAGCUCUGGUGGACAUUCCUGCAGUCAGGAUGCUAAUUGCACGCUCCCUCAACUUGAGACAUCUGUGGCAUUGUGUUGUGACAAAACUGCACAUUUUAGAGUGGCCUUUUAUUGUCCCCAGCACAAGGAGCACCUGUGUAAUGAUCAUGCUGUUUAAUCAGCUUCUUGAUAUGCCACACCUGUCAGGUGGAUGGGUUAUCUUGGCAAUGGAGAAAUGCUCACUAACAGGGAUGUAAACAAAUUUGUGCACAAAAUCUGAGAGAAAUAAGCUUUAUGUGCGUAUGGACAAUUUCUGGGAUGUAUUAUUUCAGCACAUGAAACAUGGGACCAACACUUUACAUGUUGCGUUUCUAUUUUUUGUUCAGUGUAAUUAUAUUCUCAGUCACGUUGAAGCACCAUAAAACCUUGGCUGUUUAUGUUUUACCAGCCUUUCACCUCUGUUCUAAAUGUUUUUUGUAGGCUGAGAAGGAGCAGGCUGAAAUGAAGGAGCUUCGCAAAACCAUCGAGCAGCAAACCAAGAUCAUCAAGAGGUUCAAUAGAGGUGAGUUACAUGACAGUCUACCCACUACCCACUGUGUUCAUAUCAAUAGAGGUGAGUUACAUGACAGUCUACCCACUACCCACUGUGUUCAAAUGUUUCUGGUUGGCUACUGUUCAUCAUAUGUACUGCAGAAUGUAUAGACCAGGGGAAAAUGGUACAGGAGUCAUCGGGACAGUUACAUUUAUACCAGUAGUACUGUAUAUAGAGAGAUGCGUCUGUGAGGUGCUGCCACCAGGGCUAUACUAAUCUCAUGUCAUCUGUCUAUGAGGUAAUACAUGUGGGUGUGUGUGGCUGGCUGUGCAUCUGGCAGCUGGCUGUCUUCCCGGAAAGACCCUCCCUCCCAACCCACAUGAACACACACACACACAGAGAGACACACACACCCUGCUCACCCUCCUUAAUCAUCUGUCGAGGGCAUGCUACUGCUCCACAAUAUUCCCUUCAGAGACAUCAUCAUGGUAGAGAGGGGGCUGCACCACAGAUGCCCCUCUUCUUUCUCCACUGCUGUUACUGUAUUACAGUGGUCUGUAAACAGGUUUGGGCUUUCAAUUAGACCAUCCUCCCUGACCCUCUCUCUCUCUCUCUCUCUCUCUCUCUCUCUCUCUCUCUCUAUCUCUCUCCUCUCUCAUCUCUCUCUCCUCUCUCUCUCUCUCUCUCUCUCAUCUCUCUCUCUUCAGUGUCUGUGAUGGCUACUACAGAGUAUGAGGAGAUGAAGGAGCAGCUGGAUUUGGAGCAGAGCCUGAGGGUGAAGGCUGAGACGUAUGCCCACGAGGUAGACAGACAGACAGACAGGCAGGCAGGGGAAGACUCAUAUCAGACAUGAUGACUGGGAUAAUGGCAGUGUACUGUAUGAAGUCUUAAAGCACCAUGUUAAUUAAUCACUUGUACAAAUGUUUGUUGUCAUUCUCUAAGUGUGAUAGCUAACAUCUCCAAAUGUUCUCUGAGAAUAUGGUUGUCAGGGGUGCUGAAGGUGGGUGUGGUGAAUGAAUCAAGCGCAGGAGGCAGAGGUACAGUCCAAAAGACUUUAGUGCAAUAUCCACAAGAGAAAAGCACAUAAUAGCCCGAAGGCGAAAAUCACGGCGCACACAGGCGUCAAAUAAACGGCGCACAAACAAACCUCUCCAAAACACUGGAGGGAGGAACAAAGCUCCAACACGAAAACAGAAUGGGCAAUCACACAAACACAACACACAACGAGAACUAAAUAGAACACUAACGAGGACUAACUAGACACAGGUGUACAACAUCAAGACAAAACCAAACGAACAUGAAACAUAGAUCGGUGGCAGCUAGUACUCCGGGGACGACGACCGCCGAAGCCUGCCCGAACCAGGAGGAGGAGCAGCCUCGGCCGAAACCGUGACAGUACCCCCCCCUUGACGCGCGGCUCCAGCCGUGCGCCGACCCCGGCCUCGGGGACCAGGACGCGGAGCAGGGCGCGCGGGAUGGUCCCGGUGGAACUCCGACAGGAGAGAUGGGUCUAGGAUGUCCCUCCGCGGCACCCAGCACCGCUCCUCCGGGCCGUACCCCUCCCACUCCACGAGAUACUGGAGACCCCCCAUCCGGCGUCUGGAGUCCAAGAUGGACCGAACGGUGUACGCCGGAGCCCCCUCGAUGUCCAAUGGGGGCGGAGGAGUCUCUCCUAUCUCAUUGUCCUGGAGUGGACCAGCUACCACCGGCCUGAGAAGAGACACAUGGAACGAGGGGUUAAUAUUCUUAUAUUCAACAGGUAGAUGUAACUUAUAACACACCUCGUUCAAUCUUCUCAGGACUUUAAAGGGCCCCACAAACCGCCGACCCAGCUUCCGGCAGGGCAGGCGGAGGGGUAGGUUUCUGGUAGAGAGCCAGACUCGAUCUCCGGGUGCGUACACCGGCCCCUCACUGCGGUGGAGAUCGGCGCUCGCCUUGUGACGAAGGACGGCCCGCUGCAGGUGGACGUGGGCAGCGUUCCACGUCUCUUCCGAGCGCCUCAUCCAAUCAUCCACCGCAGGGGCCUCGAUCUGGCUCUGCUGCCACGGUGCCAGAACCGGCUGGGAACCUAAUACACAUUGGAAAGGGGUUAGGUUGGUAGAGGAGUGGCGGAGAGUGUUCUGGGCCAUCUCGGCCCAGGGAAUGUAACGCGCCCACUCCUCAGGCCGGUCCUGGCAAUACGACCUCAGAAACCUACCCACAUCCUGGUUGACACGUUCUACCUGCCCGUUACUCUCCGGGUGGUACCCCGAGGUAAGGCUAACCGAGACCCCCAAACGCUCCAUAAACGCUCUCCACACCCGGGAGGUAAACUGGGGGCCUCGAUCAGACACUAUAUCCUCGGGGACCCCGUAAUGCCGGAAGACGUGGGUAAAUAGGGCCUCAGCGGUCUGUAGGGCAGUAGGAAGACCCGACAUAGGGAGAAGACGACAGGCCUUAGAGAACCGGUCCACAACGACCAGGAUGGUGGUAUUCCCCUGAGAGAGGGGAAGGUCUGUUACAAAAUCCACCGAGAGGUGGGACCAUGGUCGUUGUGGAACGGGUAGGGGCUGUAACUUACCCCUGGGCAGAUGUCAGGGGCGCCUUACACUGGGCGCACACCGAGCAGGAGGAGACGUAAACCCUCACAUCCCUAGCCAAAGUAGGCCACCAGUAUUUAGUGCUAAGGCAAUGCACUGUCCGGCCAAUAUCCGGAUGUCCAGAGGAGGGUGACGUGUGAGCCCAGUAAAUGAGUCGAUCCCGAAUCUCGAGCGGAACGUACCUCCGACCCUCAGGACAUUGUGGAGGGCUGGGGUCGGUACGCAACGCUCGCUCGAUCUCGGCAUCGACCUCCCACACCACCGGUGCCACAAGGCAAGACUCCGGUAGUAUGGGAGUAGGCUCAACGGACCUCUCCUCCGUGUCAUACCGCCGGGACAGUGCAUCUGCCUUACCAUUCUGGGACCCAGGGAUGUACGUGAUUUUAAAUACGAACCUGGUGAGAAACAUACUCCAUCGAGCCUGGCGAGGGUUCAGUCUCCUCGCUGCCCGGAUGUACUCCAGGUUCCGAUGGUCAGUCAAAAUGAGGAAAGGGUGUUGAGCCCCCUCAAGCCAAUGCCUCCACACCUUAAGGGCUUGAACUACAGCUAACAGCUCCCUGUCCCCAACGUCAUAGUUACGCUCCGCCGGGCUGAGCUUUUUGGAGUAAAAAGCACAGGGGCGGAGUUUAGGUGGCGAGCCGGACCGUUGAGAGAGAACGGCCCCUAUACCAGCCUCAGACGCGUCCACCUCAACCUGAAAGGGAAUUGUGGGAUCCGGAUGCGCCAGCACCGGAGCCGACGUAAACAGGUCCUUCAGUCUCCCAAAGGCCCUGUCCGCAUCAGCUGACCACUGCAGGCGCACCGGACCCCCUUUCAGAAGGGACGUGAUGGGAGCUGCCACCUGUCCAAAACCCCGGAUAAACCUCCGGUAGUAAUUCGCAAAGCCCAAGAACUGCUGCACCUCUUUUACAGUGGUUGGAGUUUGCCAAUUACGCACAGCGGACACACGAUCCACCUCCAUUCUCACCCCUGACGCGGACAACCGAUACCCCAAAAAGGAGACCGACUCCUGGAAAAACAGACAUUUCUCUGCCUUGACAUAUAGGUCGUGCUCCAACAGCCUCCUCAAUACACGUCGCACCAGGGUUACAUGCUCGGCUCGGGUAGACGAGUACACCAGAAUAUCAUCAAUGUACACGACCACCCCUUGUCCCUGCAUAUCCCGGAAAAUGUCGUCUACGAAGGAUUGGAAGACUGAUGGAGCAUUCAUCAACCCAUAUGGCAUGACAAGAUACUCGAAAUGACCUGACGUGGUACUAAACGCUGUUUUCCAUUCAUCGCCCUCCCUAAUACGCACCAAGUUAUACGCGCUCCUGAGAUCCAAUUUUGUGAAAAACCGCGCUCCAUGCAAUGACUCCGUCAUGGUCGCAAUCAGAGGGAGUGGAUAACUGUAUUUCACAGUAAUCUGAUUGAGACCACGGUAAUCAAUGCACGGGCGCAACCCUCCAUCUUUCUUUUUCACAAAAAAGAAACUCGAAGAGGCGGGGGAAGUGGAAGGCCGAAUGUAUCCCUGUCUCAAAGAUUCGGCUAUGUACGUCUCCAUAGCUUUUCUCUCCUCUUGAGACAAAGGAUACACAUGGCUCCGUGGGAGCGCUGCUCCUGCCUGGAGAUCAAUCGCACAAUCCCCCUGUCUAUGGGGAGGCAACUGCGUCGCCCUAGUCUUGCUAAACACGAGAGCUAAAUCCCCAUAUUCAGGCGGAAUGUGCAGUGCGGGCACUUGGUUUGGACUUUCCACCGAAGUCGCCCCCACGGAAACACCCAGACAUCGCCCCUUACACUGAGCAGACCACCCAUCGAGAGCCCUCUGUUGCCACGAAAUAGCAGGGUUAUGGGUGCUUAACCAGGGAAUUCCCAGCACCACUGGGUACGCAGGAGAGUCGAUCAGAUACAGCUGUAUAGUCUCUUCAUGACCCCCCUGCGCACACAUCCUAAGUGGCGCUGUGACCUCCCUGAUCAACCCCGACCCCAACGGGCGGCUAUCUAAGGCAUGAACGGGAAAAGGUUUGUCAACAGGUAGGAGAGGGAUCCCUAACUCUAAACAAAACUUUCGAUCAACAAAAUUCCCAGCUGCGCCUGAAUCUACUAGCGCCUUAUGCUGGGAAUGAGGUGCGACCUGUGGAAAACCAACAGGUAUACAAAAGUGCGCAACAGAAAGCUCUGGGUAAGUGGGGCGUCUACUCACCUGGGAGGCCCCCCCAGUGCGUGGCCUGUUGUCUUCUCCCCCGGAGAACCCUCCCCAGCACCUGGCCGCAGUGUGCCCUCCACGACCGCACUUGGUGCAGGAGACAGGCCCCCUCGGGCUCUUCCUCCUCCGUUCUCUAGCGCCGGCACCCCCGAGCUCCAUAGGGCUCGGCUCGGAGGUGCCGGAGGGCGGAAUGGACGGACCCCCCCUCGGGACGUCCACGGGUGGCCAGCAGGGUGUCUAAACGGAUGGACAUAUCGACCAACUGGUCGAAAGUCAGAUGGGUAUCCCUGCAGGCCAACUCCCGUUGAACGUCCUCCCGGAGGCUACACCGAAAAUGGUCGAUGAGAGCCCGUUCAUUCCACCCUGCAUCCGCCGCUAGAGUCCGGUACUCCAAAGCAAACGCCUGUGCGCUCCUCCUCCCCUGUCUUAAGUGGACUAGCCGCUCCCCCGCCGCUUUGCCCUCAGGUGGAUGGUCAAACACGGCCUUGAAGCGGCGGGAGAACUCGGCGUAGGAGAUGGUGUUGGCGUCCAUCUUCCUCCACUCAGCGUUAGCCCACUCCAACGCCUUACCAGUGAGACAGGAGAUGAGGGCAGAAACGCUCUCGUGUCCCGAGGACGCCGGGUGUACGGUGGCAAGGUAGAGUUCCACUUGUAGCAGGAACCCCUGACACCCGGCAGCGGUGCCGUCGUAUGCCCUCGGGAGCGAGAGCCGAAUCCCACUGGGUUCCGGUAGUUGGACGUGCGGGCUGACCGAUGGUGAUGGUGCGGUAGGUGGGGGUGUGGGUACCCCGCUGGUCUCCCAUCUAUGGAGGGUGUUCAUCACUCAGUCCAGGGCGUGCCCGAUUUGGUUGAUACGAUCCUCCUGACCACGAAGGCGCUCCUCCAUGAUCUGAGUGGGUACGGGUGCUCCUGCUGAUUCCAUAAGAUGGUGUGUGAUUCUGUCAGGGGUGCUGAAGGUGGGUGUGGUGAAUGAAUCAAGCGCAGGAGGCAGAGGUACAGUCCAAAAGACUUUAGUGCAAUAUCCACAAGAGAAAAGCACAUAAUAGCCCGAAGGCGAAAAUCACGGCGCACACAGGCGUCAAAUAAACGGCGCACAAACAUGUGCAAACAAACCUCUCCAAAACACUGGAGGGAGGAACAAAGCUCCAACACGAAAACAGAAUGGGCAAUCACACACAAACACAGACACACACAACGAGAACUAAAUAGAACACUAACGAGGACUAACUAGACACAGGUGUACAACAUCAAGACAAAACCAAACGAACAUGAAACAUAGAUCGGUGGCAGCUAGUACUCCGGGGACGACGACCGCCGAAGCCUGCCCGAACCAGGAGGAGGAGCAGCCUCGGCCGAAACCGUGACAAUGGUAUUUUAUUACCUUCAUUGUUAUUUAUUACUAAUGUUCAAAUUAGUCUUAAAUAAACAAUUACCUAUAUUCUCACUUCUAAUUAAUUAUUAAUAAUAAUUUUGUGUUGAGGAAUGGUGCGUAUAGAUUUUCCUGAAUGCAUGUUUACUGACCUCCAAAAGCAGAAACCCUCCAGAUCUGGUCCUAGUCUGGGGACUGGCAGCAGCAGCAAUACUAGUCCUAGUCUGGGGACUGAGCAGCAGCACUAGUCCUGGUCUGGGGACUGAGCAGCAGCACUAGUCCUAGUCUGGGGACUGACAGCAGCACUAGUCCUGGUCUGGGGACUGAGCAUCAGCACUAGUCCUGGUCUGGGGACUGAGCAGCAGCACUAGACCUGGUCUGGGGACUGACAGCAGCACUAGUCCUGGUCUAGGGACUGAGCAGCAGCACUAGUCCUGGUCUGGGGACUGAGCAGCAGCACUAGUCCUGGUCUGGGGACUGAGCAGCAGAAGCACAGACUCAGCACUGCUUUGAAGGACACACAUAUGCUUGGGGGAACCACAGCCACAGUAGUUGGGUGUACUGUUAUCUGUUACGCUGCUUGGCCUGAGGCUGGAGAGGGAGUCGGGGUUCUCUGGAGAAUGCAGGCUGUGGUUAUUGUAGACCAUUUAGAUAAAAACAAUGCCUGCUUACUUACUGCUUCAUGCUACAGUCUAAUGCUUCCAUAUCCUGCUUCAUGCUACAGUCUAAUGCUUCCAUAUCUGGAGAACCUGGGUCUUGUGUUUUAAAACACCUGAUCGUUCCCUCAGUCCCUCCUCUGCUUCCCUCCUUUUCUCUUUCCUUCCUUCCCUCCUUCAUUCAUUCUCUCAUCCUUCCUUCCCUCCUUCAUUCCUUCUCUCCCCUCCGACAGAUGUUGGUGAAGCAGAAAGAGGCUAACAGACAGAGUAUGAUCCUGCUGCAGAACGCUGACCCCAGCCUUCAGCUCAUCAAGGCUCUGGAGGACGUGGCUAAUGUUACCAAGACUCUGGAGCAUGAGAGACUGCUGCAUCACCAGAAGGUAGGUAGAUAGAUAGAUAUACAGUAUAUAUCUAAUGUUACCAAGCCUGUGGAGCAGGAGAGACUGCUGUAGGUGGGUGGGUGGUAGGUAGGUAGGUAGGUAGGUAGGUAGGUGGAGUGGUGGUGGUAGGUAGGUAGGUAGGUGGUGUAGGUAGGUAGGUAGGUAGGUAGGUAGGUAGGUGGUGUGGUAGGUAGUAGGUGGGGGUGAUUAGGUAGGUGGGUGGGUGGGUGGGUGGGUGGGUGGGUAGGUAGAUGGUGGGUGGGUAGGUGGGGGUAGGUAGGUGGUGGUGUAGGGGGUGGGUGGGUGGGUGGUAGUGGUUAGGUAGGUAGGAGGGUGGUGGGUGGGUAGGUCGGUAGGUAGGUAGGUGGGUAGUUGGUAGGUGGGGGGGUGGUAGGUAGGAGGAGGGUGGGUGGGUUGGGGUGGUCUGUCAGGUGGUGGUAGGCUAGAGGUAGGUGGUGUAGGUAGGUAGGUUAGUAGGUAGGUACGGGUGGAGGUAGGGUGGUUGGUAGGUGGGUGGGUGGUGGGAUGGUGGUAGGAGUAGGAGGGAGGGUGGGGUAGGUAGGGUAGGUGGGUGGUAGGUGGGUGGGUGGUGAGGUGGAGGAUGGGGGGUGGUAGGGUGGUGGGUGGGUGGGGUGGGGUAGGAGGGUAGGUGAGGGUAGGGAGGGUAGGUAGGUGGGUGGUGUGGGAGGGUGGGUGGGUGGGUGGGUAGGUAGGUGGUAGUGGUAGGGGUGGGUGUGGUGGUCGGUCGGUAGUAGGUAGUAGGUGAGGUAGGGGUGUGGCGUGGUGGUGGGUUAGGUAGGGUGGGUGGUGGUAGGUAGGUGGUGGGUGGUGUAGGUAGGGGGUGUCGUGGUGAGGUGGGUGGUUAGGUGGGAGGUAGGUGGUUAGGUAGGUGGGGUGGAGGUAGGUGGGUAGGUAGGUGGUAGGUGGUAGGGUAGUUUGGUAGGUCAGGUAGGUGAGGUAGGGUAGGUAGGUAGGUUGGUAGGUGUAAGGUAGGUAGGUAGGUGGGUGUGUGUGUGGGUUUGGUAGGUAGGUGUAGGUAGGGUUUGGUUAGGUAGGUGGUUGUGGGGAGGUGGUGGUGGGUGGGUAGGUGGUAGCGGGUAGGUGGGUGGGUGGUAGGUCGGUAGGGGGUGGUAGGUGGUGUGGGUGGGUGGGUGUUGUUGGGUAGGUAGGUGGGUGGGUGGUGUGGGUGGGUGGGUUGGUAGAUAGGUAGGUGGGUGGGUAUGGUAGGUAGUAGGUAGGUGGUAGGUAGGUGGGUGGGUGGGUAGAUAGGUAGGUAGGUGGGUGAGUAGGUAGGUAGGUAGGUAGGUGGGUGGGUAGGUCUGACUACCUCACAGGACUACUAUGGUUAUAGGUAGCAUCACCAGAAGGUAGGCCUCACAGUCCCAGUGUGACUGCUAGAUAGAUACAGUAUAUAUAUAUCUGUAGUCUGACUACCCUCACUGGUUUACCACGCAGCAGCUACUGGGCUCCAGCUGUGGCCAAACCUGCGAAGUCAUCACCUCUCAGAUCUCCACCCCCAGAACCCACAACACAUGACAAGGGGCUGUGAUGGGCGUUUGUUUAAAGCUGUCCAGCCCACAGGAUUCCUCCCUAAUUAAACUGGCAGUGGUUUGGUUUGUCCUGAAUCAAGUGAUCAUAAGUUACCAUCUUCCCCUCUGACAGUAUAUUAUAUUUUCCUACAGAAAAGACAGACAGACAGACAGCAGGCUACAUUACAGACAGACAGACAGACAGAUCUAGCUUCUGUAACUGAUCUUUCUGAGUACCAUGUAGACAAGCUGAUCAUUCUUAGGACCAGGGAGACAAUCUGAUCCCACUAUUUCUACUCCCUGCUCUCUGCCAGACUGCUGAGGCUGUCUGUUUUAGUGUGCCGCAGAGCUUUGCUCCAAAAUGCCCAUCCUUGGCAAGGGAGAGGAGAGGGUGUGUUGUUUCAGAAGAACAAGGAGGAUACAACAGGAGGGCUUCAGUCAAAUCAAUAUGUUUAAUCACAAGGGCCUUUUCUUACACAGCACUUCACAACGUUGUAGAGUGAACAUUAACACACUCCUAUAUGGUCUUGCCUUGUGGUGCUUGGAAUGAAUUUAGAGACCAAAACAUAUAUACUGAACAAACAUAUGAACACAACAUGCAACAAAUUUCAAAGAUUUACUGAGUUACUGUUCAUAUAAGGAAAUCAGUCAAUUGAAAUAAAUAAAUUAGGCCCUAAUCUAUGGAUUUCACAUUAUUGGGCAGGGAUGCAGCCAUGGGUGGGCCUUGGAGGGCCUAGGCCCACCCACUUGGCAGGCAGCCCCACCCACUGGGGAGCCAGGCCAAGCCAUUCAGAAUUUGUUUUUUUUCCCCCACAAAGGGCUUUUUUUUACAGACAGAAACAAUCCUCAACCCCCCUGGUCUGGCAUGGUUACACGUGGUGUGCGGUUGUGAGGCCGGUUGGACGUACUGCCAAAUUCUCUAAAACGACGUUGGAGGCAGCUUAUGGUAGAGAAAUGAACACUCAAUUCUCUGGCAACAACUCUGGUGGACAUUCCUGCAGUCAGCAUGCCAAUUGCACGUUCCCUCAAAACUUCAGACAUCUGUGGCAUUGUGUUGUGUGACAAAACUGCACAUUUUAGAGUGGCCUUUUAUUGUCCCCAGCACAAGGUGCACCUGUGUAAUGAUCAUGCUGUUUAAUCAGCUUCUUGAUAUGCCACACCUGUCAGGUGGAUGGAUUAUCUUGGCAAAGGAGAAAUGCUCACUAACAGGGAUGUAAACUAAUUUGUGCACAAUAUUUGAGAGAAAUAAGCUUUUUGUGCAUAUGGCAAAUUUCUGGGAUUUUUUAUUUCAGCACAUGAAACAUGGGACCAACACUUUACAUGUUGCGUUUAUAUUUUUGAUCAGUGUAGUUUCAGCAAGGCAAAGAGCAGAAUUGCUCGUCUUCACAUAAUGAGUAGACCUUCGGGGUGCAAGGUGAUUUUAUAAAUCAGUGAUUCUGCGCAGUCCAACUGAACUAUAGUAAAUCUGGAUCUCAAACACACUGGGUGUCUCCAUCCAUCUCCAUGUAGGUGAAGGCUCUGGAGGCUGAGCUACAGGAGGACACGUUGAAACAGCAGACAGCAGAGCUGCAGAGCCAGCUGGAACUGAUAGAGGAAGAGAAGAGAGAGACAGAGGGACGUCUGCAGGACGUAGAGAAGAAGAACUGUGACCUGGAGAAAAGAGGUGAGGAGAACACCUACAGGCUGUCAGUCACAUCACACCGUGGGUAACCACAACUUAUAUUCCUAUUGCUCUUUGAAAGAAUACGUCUCCAGCAGGUACCAGUAGAAUAGAUAGUUGUCCAUCUUCUCAUGUUAAAAUGACUGGUGACCCAGGCUUCAUGUAACACACCUGUCUUUUAUAUCUUUAGUGCAAGAGCUGCUGCAGGUCCAGAAGAACACUGUGCCCUCACCAGGCCCUGAACCAGGGACCGCCCCACCCCCCGCCCCUGUUCCCCAGCCCCCUCCACCCCCACCACCACCCCCUCCCCCUCCUCCACCCCCUCCCCCAUCGCGAUGCAACCCCCUCAGGUAAGACUGUAGGCUAUUAUUAUGUUGUGUACAGGCUUGCAUGCAGAGCUCCAACCACCAAUCUGUCUAAUCAUACUGAGUUUAAUUUAUACUCUCUUCAUUCAAUAGCUCACUGAUUGCAAUCAUGAGGAAAUCAUCCAAGGGUUCAAAGGGGGCAUCCCCGAAGUUGGAGCAAGCUCCUGGUAGGUUUGAAACCACUGAGAAUCAAAUCUGCACCUGCCAGAAUAAUAUAGAACAUCGAGGAUAUGAUUUAAAUACUCAUUCAUAAUUGAGGAAUUUCUUAUUUUAAAAUCACACAUCUUUACAAUAUUAUCCAUGUAACCCUUCUGUCUCUCUCCUUGUCCUGUAGAUGGAGGUGCAGAAGGAGGUACAGAUGACGUCAAAGUGAAGGCAGUGAAUGAGAUGAUGGAGAGGAUUAAACAUGGAGUGGUUCUGAGGCCUGUCAAGGGAGGAGACACUAAGGUGAGAAGGUCAACAGUUCAUGUUUUGUUUAAUAAUUGUUUUGGAAAAUUGUGGAAAUAUAGACUGUACUUAAUGUCCUCCGACUGAUUACUCCCCUUUUUCUCCACCCAUCUUCUCUAAUCGACUGACCGUCUCCCCAAAGAGAGUUGCCGUAAAAGUGAGUAUAUUUACUUUUACAUCGAUUGUGUGACAGUCUCUCUGGAUCCUAAAAUCACACAAAAAACCGACAUGCUAACCCCCACAUCGCAAGGAUAAUCCACAUCAUAUGGUACUAGAGUGAAAUGGAUUAUAGCUGUUCUGUUAUUAAUCUCUUACUAAAACCAGUCUUCAGUUUGGCUUUUGGCAUGGGCUCUUUCUCUUUGUGUAACAUUGGUCCAUGGAUUACCUCACAAUGUAGACUGACAGAGACCACAUGCAUGCUGCUUUCAUUUCAUUUAGAUUAUAUUGAUUGACAAAAUCACCAUGACAACUUGCAGGCUCCGAGGGGCUUUGAGGAGAAAAUCAAUAAAAUGGCCUCCAGCUCUCUAAUAUAGACCAGCUAUGUGAUAAACGCUAACACCAGCUGCCAGCCAGGCCCGAUGUGUGUGUGUGUGUGUGAGCACAUAAGAAAAUGCGUGUUAUGUCCUGUUUAUUAACUUAGUUGAUGUAGUAAUACAUUCUCUUAACCCCUAGAAACCUCUAGUAAUUGAAGAAAAGCUGCCACAGGAGAGUGCCAUGGAAGAACUGAAAGGCAUUCUGGUAUGUUAUUUCUUUUUAGUUUAUUGGCCUUAUUAUAAGAAAUAAUAAAACGCUCAUAUAUGCUUUUAAGAAAUGAUUAAACCUAUAUUCUAUAUAAUUAUAUCUGUUACCAACGGUAAAGCAUGUUGUCUGUGUUUCUGGACCCCCAGGAGACGGUGAAGAUGAGUCCCAGUCGGGGGUCUCAGGAGUCGGUCCCGUCCCCCUCAGGGAAGAGCCCUGUCAGCAGUGAGCUGGAGGUCAUCCUUAGGAGGAGACGUAAACAGGCCUGCGACUCUGGAGACGGAGGUAACAACACCAUUCGUUUUGUUUGUUUCUUUAAUUCUCCUAAAAUGGGUAUAUACACAGACGAUUUGAGUGGUUUGCUGAAAAAGAGAUGCACAUUCCAGCCUUGACUAUUCUCCAUAUCCCCACCAGAGGGCUCAAUACAUCCUGCCAUGAUCACAUGCAUGCAGUACUCUAACCAUUCAACUAUAGGCCAGGGCAUGCAUGAUCUGUCACUAUUUAUUAGUGGUGAGCCACAUUCACGAUGUUGUGAAUUCAAUAACAAUUAUGCAGUGCAGUCUUUGUAACCAGUUCUUAGAAUACCAACAAUGUGUUAUCUUUGCCUUUGAAUAUGUCCAGGGACAACCGAGUGUACUGAUCCUAUGGUUAGAUGUUAGGCCUACAGUGUAGUGACCCUAUGGUUAGAUGUUAGGCCUACAGUGUAGUGACCCUAUGGUUAGAUGUUAGGCCUACAGUGUACUUGACCCUAUGGUUAGAUGUUAGGCCUACAGUGUAGUGACCCUAUGGUUAGAUGUUAGGCCUACAGUGUACUGACCCUAUUGUUAGAUGUUAGACCUACAGUGUACUGACCCUAUGGUUAGAUGUUAGGCCUACAGUGUGGUUGGUAAAAACUUGCAUCACUGUUUACUUUGUGAAAUGCCAGUCAAACAUCUGAUUGUUAAUGCUCCUAGAUCAUAUAGUAAUCUACUGGAGAUAAUAACCCACAGAGAGAGAGUGGACAUGCUGUUCUCUUACAUCAUGUCCCCACUAACCCCUUUUGUCUCGCUCCCUCAGAUGAGAGCAGGGACGGACAAAUAAGCAAGGUGUCCUCCUCUGACAGCCUGAACGGGAGGCACAGCCAGAGCUCCCACAGCUCCGACAGCUCAGGCAAAGAGCCAGAGGGGCCUGUAGGGCCAGGGCCUGGGCAGAGCCCCAGAGAGCCAGCCUCCCCCAGCGGAAGGGGCCCCGGCCCAGCUGUAGCAGCCAGGCACAGGUCAGACUCUGUCCAAGAGCCCCAAGCAGGGUCCUGGCAGGACAGGAGGCACCGUACUUCUUUGUCUGAGAAAGAGGCCUACUCCGAGGUGCCGGUCACCAAUAGAUGCAUUGUCAGGUAAUGUACCAUCUAUUAUGGUGACCAUCCUCAUGUCAAUUAUUUCAGCUAAAUUGGCCCACAUAUGAUAGGCACAACUACGAAAUAUCUCUGGUUUGAAUACCCGAGCCGACAAGGUGAAAAACCUGUCGAUGUGCCCUUGAGCAUGCCACUUAACCCUAAUUUGCUGCAGGGGCGCCGUACUACUAUGGCUGACCCUGUAAAACAACACAUUUCACUGCACCUAUCUGGUGUGUAACAAUAAAACAUAUUUUUGGUAUUUUUUACUGUAAGAAUAAAAGGGGGUAAUUGCUUAUUUUCAAACAAAAGGAUUCUUUAAAAUACUUUGUUGGUGCAGAACACAUGUAUGAAAAUGUCAAGGACUUUUGAAGGAGGACUCACCUUUGUGUGUUCCAACAGUGGGGAGGAGCCUGAGAAGCAGAAGCCUGAGAGAUGGGCACCACAGUCCAACGGAGUCAGCCACCCUAACCCUAGGCUGAGUGUGGAGUCGGACACGCAUGCCUCACUCUCUCCAAGCGUUUCCGCAGUGCCCAACCCACUCAACGGGAACGGGAGCACGGAUGCAGAGUGUUGAAGGUCGGCUCCAGAGGUCCCUGGCAACCAGGAUUAAGGCUGAGGAAAGCUGCACAAUUUGCACAGAAUCUCAGUUAUCUGCCGUUAGAGACACUUAAUUAAAAAAGCUUUAGGUUAUUUUAUUUGAUGCACAAACGAUCUCGAUCUGAUGUGGCUUCGCGUCAUCAUCUGAUGGAAUGCACUGUUUUAGAAUCCAACCUUUUUUAUUCGUUUCUCUCUCUCCCUGACCCUGUUAUAGUGAACAGGAAUUUAAUGAUACUUCUAAUCUACAGUAUAGCACAAACUCAUUUGAUGCUAGUUCUGCUUCUUCCUUACUCUUCCUGAAUCUAAAGAAGACACUAUCCUACUACCGUAAGACUUUCAGUAAAGUUACUGUUUACUUUAUGCAGCAGAAGCACCACCUAAACAUCGAUAAAGAACUAUGUUUACCAUCUGGGUCAUCAUUAGCAAAUAGAAUACAGAUAUUGCACAUUAUGAAGGCACUUUUGCUAUUUCAAACUGGAGCUCUGUUUCAGUUUGUGAACUAUCUUUAAUGUGUAAUCAAUGCAACUACAGCGUAGGGACGCAAAUGAAAGCCAUGCACAUGUUUCAAUCAAAAUAGCCUACCAUCCUUGAGGAAUUAGGUGCUCGUGUACUCAGUCUACCUCGUAUUAGACACACUUGCCUCUUGACUAUCCUAAAUUGUAUUUAAAGGGAAAAACAUGAUAUAUUAUCAUCUUCGUGCAAUGGCACAACAUGUGUAAAGGUCCUCCACCUACAUUCCCAAGCUGUAUAAGGUGCUUUGUUCAUAUUUGCUGGUAUACUCCCAUUGUUUCAUUACUGCUGUAACCUGAUUUCGUCCUAUGUGCAUUCCCCACCUCUAUUAUGUUAGUAGGUAAUGCUUUCAGAUAUCUAGUACAACUUAAAACAACUUGAUUACAGAGUAUACAAACUUAACUGAUACAGCAACUUAAUCUAAGAAAUAAAUACAUUUGAAGGCUCAUAGGACAUUUACUCUCACACCCGUCAUGACAUUGUAAAUGCUUCUUAAAAACAUAGAUACAACAUUGUGAGCAUUUGACUCUAUGGUAAGGCAUUUCUAUGAAGCCUUUAAAAUGGAAGGAAAUCUUGUUUUCCAGAUGCAAUGAUUUACCAAGUCUUAAACCUAUCACCAUUUUCUCAAAUCCAUCUUUAUUCAUCAGGCAAGCAGCUGAUCAAAAAGGAAAUAACUGGACUGAGUUUGUGUGAAUCUUGAUAUUGUGUGUGUUUGGGAUUUGAAAAUGGAGUGUUAUGUUUUUUUUAAAAACAUUUACAUGGAUGUUCAUUUUUCACUUGUAUGAAAUAAAAUUACCCAAUUCAAACAACAAGA